GAAGCAGUCUGAUACAACUCACAGAAAGUUUCCUAACUUCGGCACUUAUUUAUCACUGAAGCGAUUCUCGUAAUGAACUUGAACUAUUUUCUUUAAGUUCGCAGUGGUCUUGUCAUUUUGUGCUUUAGUGCCAAGCUCAUUUGACGAGAAUUUCUUAAGGGCGAAAAUGACUGAUCUUGUCGAGAAUAGCAAGGCGAUGGCGGCUGGCAUCUUGUCAAUUUUCAUUUUAAUUACCGCGGUCGUCGACUUGAUAUGUGGAGCGAUUUAUGCCUCAAUAGGAGGUGUGCAGGGAUCUGGACUUUGGACAGGAUUCGGGUUGCUGCUUUGUGCAGUGUUUGGUCUCAUAACGUGGCUGAGAAAAAGCAAAACAGCUAUGAUGUUCUUUCUUGUCUUGGACAUCCUGUGGUUUGUUGCGUGUGCGGUCGGAGCCGUAAUCUCAUUUGGGCUCUAUGCCUUACUCAGCAUUAUAAGGGCGACACUGGAAGACGAAUGCAGCAUCAGCGCGGAGGGAUCAUGUCACUGCAGUGGAGAAAACGAUAUCCCAAUGAACUUGGAUACCUGCGACGACAUAAUAGUAGCCCAGCGCUGUAUGUUUGGUAUCUUCAUUUUGGACGGUGUGGGAGCCCUCCUUGCGCUGGGCGGUUCUAUCAUUGGUUGCAUAGGAGUCUGUUGCACUGGACAAGUCGCGACUACAGUUGUUGUUGUGGAGCCUUCCGGAGGGGCGAUGCAGCGAAUCAACCAAGGUGCCCCGGAAUAUCCUUCGUUCCCUGGUAAUAAACAGUUUUAAAUUUUACCAGGAACGCAUUUGUCCCUGGGAUGAAGACCGUUCUUCGAGGGAUGCUUGUGAACUCAUUACACAUUUUGCAACUUGCGGCUUCUUCCAGUUUCUCUGUGACUUUUCAGCUUUCAAGUACAAUUAGAGACAUUGAAGGAACAACAAUCAAGUUUGGUUUUGUUUCUUAUUUUUUCCGUUCUUUACAGUUGACGUUUGAGAAAUAUUCCCUUUACCUUUAGGAAACAGAUACGCUAUGAGCAUUUUACUUUUCUUUUGCCAACUGCAGCAUUUUACAUGUAAAUCGGCGUUUUUCUUAAGGUGUCAAUCCGAUCGGUUUAGCCGACAAAAGGUUUGUAUCAAUUCCAUGUUUGGCCUUCCAAGUGAUACAUUUUUCCUUCUUAUAAAGGUCUGCAUCGCCUUAAAAAAAAACUUGUGGUGAUUCUGGUGAGAAAUUCAUAAAA